GUUCCCAUCAGGAUGAGUACUAACUGAUGUUUCCUGCAGGAGGAGAUAUCAGGGAGAACCUGAAGGUGAUUCAGCCUGAGAAAUCAGUUUCUGUCUCUGCUGGAGCAUCAGCCACUCUGAACUGCACUGUGACCUCCCUGCUCCCUGUGGGGCCCGUGAAGUGGUUCAGGGGUACAGGGCAGAGUCGAUACCUAAUAUAUAGUUUCACAGGAGAGAAGUUCCCCAGAGUCACAUAUGUUAAAGAUCCCACAAAGAGAAACAACCUGGACUUUUCCAUCCGCAUCAGUAAUGUCACACCUGCUGACGCUGGCACCUACUACUGUGUGAAGAUCGACAAAGCAGACUCUGACAAGGAGCUUCGGUCUGGGGGAGGCACCGAGUUGAAUGUACUUGAACUGAAGACGUCAGAUACUGCUGAAAUCCUUGUAGCUGUGUUCCUUGGACCCAAACUGUUACUGGUAAUUGGUGCCUUUGCCAUCUACAUGCACAAGAAGCAGAAGGCCUGACUGGUCUCAGACUACAAAAAGUUGGUGAGAAGCUGUGGAAGACUGCUCCGAAUGCCUCCCUUACAAGGACAACUCCAACUCAGAAUUCCCUAUUGUUCCACUAUAAGCAUUGAUAGCUCACAGUUCCAAUGCUGUAGUUAUUGGAUUCUGUUCUUGGGGUUCUUAAUCUCAGUAAUAAAAGAAUUUAAGGAAGAACUCAAGUAAAAGUUCAAAUAUAACCUGUCAAGUUUUGAGGGAAAAUUCCAAGUUCAGGCAAGUAUACACCUCACAGAAGAGGAGAACGGAGAAGUAAAGGGAAAACAUACUCACACUGUUUAAGAAGAUGUGGAAGUCAGACACAUGGUGAACAAACUUCUACAGGGUGAAAAGGUGGCAUUUAUAGAAAAAGUAAGGAAGCCUAAAUUAUCAGAAAAGGUAUACUUAGAUUCAGCCAGCAUCCAAAAUCCAAAAGAAAGUGACAGACAGAAAGAAAAAGCAAGUGUUGUUUAGUCUGAUCUGGCCACACUGAGUUAGACAGACCCACUUGAACCUCAACAUACCAU